AUGGCCGUGACGCGCGGGGAGCAGGCGGGGAAGGCUAACGUAGGCAUGGCGAAGGAGCAAAUGGCAGAUCUUGAGUCUUUGCUGGAGUACAAUGAAAUUGUUAGGAAGAUGUUCGCUAACGAAUAUGAAGGAUUUCAGUUUUAUAACGCAUACGCUCUUGGUAAAGGAUUUACUGUGAGGAAAAGCUAUGUUGAGUGGAACAGUGACCGCACUGAGCUGACCCUUCGGAGGUAUAUUUGCAGUCGUCAUGGUUGCCGUGAAGAGAAGUACGUGAAGAAGGAGAUUAAGCAGAGGAGGCCACGGGAUAUAACUCGUGUUGGAUGCCCUGCAAAAUUGGUGAUAGCAGUUGAUAGGAACACCGGGCAGUGGUAUGUGAAGGAUUUCAUCGAUCAACAUAACCACCCGCUGGCGCCAACUGACCUUGGUUGUCUGCUACGUUCACAUCGAACGAUCAGCGAUGAGCAGAAAGCUGAAAUUGUCGAGUUGGGGGUUGCUAGGAUCCGCAAACACCAAAUUUUUGAAAUUAUGGAAAUGCAGUACGGUGGGUAUGACAAGGUUGGCUAUACAUCAAGGGACUUGUAUAAUUUCUGCCAUCUCUAUAAGCAGGAGAUAAUUGCUGGUGGUGAUGCUCAAACAGUCAUCAGUCACCUGACGGAACCAUUUGGUGACGUGGUUGUAUUUGAUAGCACCUACAAAACAAAUCGGUACAACCUGCCUCUUGUGCCUUUUGUUGGGGCGAAUCACCAUUACCGCACAAUUCUUUUCGGAUGUGGAAUUAUUUCUCAUGAGAAUAUUGAGUCAUAUGUGUGGCUGCUGAUAACAUUUACUGAAGCUAAUGUUCAAAAGCAUCAUGUUUCCGUGAUCACUGAUGGAGACCUUGCUAUGCAGAUGAAGGAAGAGUUCAGGAUUUUUAUGUAUGACCUUUGCUCCAUAGAAGAGAUUGAGAGGAAAUGGCAGGCAUUCCUGUCUAAGCAUGAGGUCACAGAGGACUCUUGGCUUUAUCAGAUGUAUGAGCACUAUGAGAGCUGUCUUACAAAGGUGCGUAGAAAUGAGGCGGACGACGAUGCUAAUGCACUGCAAUCCGAGCCAUUCACAGAACCAGAUGCUUCAAUUCUUGAGAUAAACGCGAAGAAAAGGUUAAUGCCAAACGUUUUUAAGGCGAAGGUCCAAUUCAGCGUACAAGCAGCCAAGAAGUGUUCUCUAAUUGAGAUUCUAGAUGGCGAUGAUACAACUGAGUAUAUUGUUGGAAGGAUCGAUAGAGACAUCAUGAACUAUGUGAAAUGUGAAUUAAGUGUAGAGGCCAAUCUGAAGGGAAUUUCUUGUUCUUGUCAUAAGUUGCAAUCCCUUGGCACCCCAUGCUCACACAUCUUCUUUGGAUUAGGCUUUCGGGAUGAGAGCAUGCUUCCAGACUGCUGUGUUUUGGAAAGUCUCACUGCAGCCUUCAUAGCAUCACGUUCAACUGAAGGAUAUGAGCGGAUCAAACGUGUCCUUGAACAAGAAGCUGCUGUGAUCAUGCCAAAUGCAGGAGCGAACGAAGGCAAAAUGUAUGGACCGGUGCUGCCACAAGCGCCGGAGGUUGAUUGUGAAGAGUUCAGAGAUGUGCUGGAUCCCAUGCACGUGCCUGGCAUAGGGCCCCGAAGAAAAAGUUGA